AUGUUUUCAAAUAUUAAAUUGAAUUUGGUUACUGCUAUUUAUGUCUUGUCUUUUGUGACUUCCAUCAAUGCUGAUAGUGCUACCAUCAAUUUCGACAGUAAUACUUCUAAAAGUGACGAUAAUACUGUCGAUAACAGCAACAGCAACAGCAACAGCAACAGCAACAGCAACAGCAACAGCAACGACGUGUUGUUGUUGUUGUUGUUGUUGUUGUUGUUGUUGUUGUUGUUGUUGUUGUUGUUUAUUUACAGUAGAAGUGUAAGUGUUAGUGAUUCAGCCAACAACAACAACAUUUACAGUAGAAGUCUAACUGAUACUGAUUCAGCCACUUUGUUGGCAAAUGAUCAAAAAACUUGGGAUGAAUUGAUUUCCGAUAGUAUUGCUAGAUUUCAAAGUGCAAAUCCUGAUGUUAUAAAUGCAGUUUCCGAUUCACUUAGUUCUUCAGUUGGUAGUUCAGUUCAAGAUUCACAAAGUUCUGCAGCAAAUUCAUCACCUCAAGCUCCAACUGUCCAAUCUUCAACUAGUACUCUAUCAACUUCAGAUCAAACAGAUUCUGGAUCUCAAGAAAGUUCUAGUCAACAGCAACCACAACGUCCACAGCAAACAUCAUCUACCCAGCAAUAUAUACCCAAGGUGUCAAGUGCACAACAACAAGCAGAACCUUCAAGCGACCCACAACAACAAACAACAACCAGUUCUACUGGGCAAAGACCACAACUUUUCAAUGACAACACUUCAUCAAGUCAAUACCAAGCCCAAACACAAUCAUCAAGCUCUCCACAGAAUAGCAAUCAACCUACCACUUCUUCUGAACAAGACGACGAUGAACCUGCCACCUCAGCUGUACAGAUCAACAAUCAACCUGCUACUUCAUCUGCACAAGACAAUAAUCAACCUGCCACUUCAGCCGAACAGGACGAUAAUCAACCUGCCACUUCAUCUACACAAGGUACCACUACAAGUCCACAAGACAAUACCCAAAGUGCUACUACCACAACAAAUGGAGACACUACUCAGGCUACAACCUCAACUACAACAAAUACCCCAGAUGCAACUUCUGUCCAAGCUCAAGACGACGAUGAUGAUAAUAACUCAUCAACAUCGCCAGAUGCUACAACUGCCCCAACUACAAGCACCGCCACAACUACUCCAGUAGCUGCUACCAGUCUGACCCAAGAUAUCGAUGAUGACGUUGAUAGUGUUGUCAGUUCAAUUGUUUCCCAGGCACUUGACCAACAAACUUCACAAGCUUCUACUACACUGACCGAUGAUCUGGUAACCACGUCAAGCGAUUCAUCUUCAUCGUCGUCAUCAUCAUCAUCUAUUUCAUUAGUUGAAGCUACCUAUACCUCAAUUGACAGUAGUUCCAGUUCUACAAGUGAUGAUGACACUUCAGCUUCUGUUGUUGUUUCUUCAGCUACUACUGAUGCUGCUACAGAUUCUUCCAGUUCUUCAUCAGAUGAUACCUCAGUCCAAGGGUCAAGUUCUUCUUCAGAUGAAGUAACCCUUGACACCACAACAACUACACCAGCUGAAUCGAUUGUAUCGGAUAUUUCUAAUGCACUUACUAGUAUUGUUGAAGCUUCAGAAGUUACUGCCUCGUCAGACGAUACUUCAGUUGCAUCAAGUACUGAUAGUUCUCCAGUUGUCUCAAGUACUGAUAGUUCUCCAGUUGUGUCAAGUUCAGAUGGUACUCCAGUUAUUGAAUCGUCUUCAGAAAUUUCACCCGUUGAAUCAGGAGUUUCAAGUACAGAAGGAGUUGAAGAAACCGCACUGACAUCAUUAGUUGACCCAUCAAGUUCUGAAUUGCCAACUGAAACAGCUUCCGAUUUAGUUUCAUCUACUGAUGAGGUUCCGGUUGAAUCAUCUACUGAUCUGGUUGUUGAAUCAUUAUCUACUGAUAUAUCUCCUGUUGAAUCAUCUACUGAUCUGGUUGUUGGAUCAUUGUCUACUGAUAUAUCUCCUGUUGAAUCAUCUACUGAUCUGGUUGCUGAAUCAUUAUCUACCGAUACGUCUCUCGUGGAACCAUCAACUUCAGAUGCACUUAUUAGUUCAAUCACAGGUUCUUCAGAAUCAUUAUCGGGGGAUUUAUCAUCUUCUUCAGUGACGGAUGAACUGGCUACAGCAACUGCUUCAGAAUCUAGUGAAUCUAGUGGAUUAUCAACUGACUCAUCAGCAUCAACUGAAUCAACUACCAAGGAACAAGAUUUUGCUGCAAUUAAAACUACUACAACUGAAAUUGAAACUGACACUGCACCAGAAACUACUACUCCACCAUCAACACAAACAGGAGCUACCAUAACUCGUGAACCUGAUACUACUAAUACUGAUUGGUUACCUUCUCAAUUAGUCGCUGAAACUUCAACCACUUAUUCACUGGAAGCCAUGAGUGCCACCACUUCUGCAGUUCUUGAAUCAGGGAUGCCAAAAGCUAUCACACCAGCUGCUGUUCCAGCACAAGCCAAAGAUUAUGAUCUUGUUAGUAUUGGUUUCAAAGCUCCAUUGAAUUAUCCAUUUGUGGUUAAGAAUUCGCUUUCAUCGGCACAGAUUUUCCAAUUCUUGCCCGAUGUGUUGAGUUAUCCAUUCCCCAAUGAAAAUUAUGAUGAAAUUUCAGUGAAGAGAUUGGUACCUUUUAUUUCUGAUCAAGCAUCUUAUACGAUCACUGUUGCUGAGGUUUAUUUCCCCAAAGAGGCGAUCACGGAAUUAGGUGAAUUGCUUAAGGAUGAAAAUUCAAUAAUUUAUCAUAAUCCAAAUGAAAUCCAAAAUGCAUUGGCUAAUUUAAUUGAUUGGAGAAUCCCACUUACAGGUGAUUUAACCCCGGCUACGAGUUCAACUACUAGCAAUGAAGAGAUUCAAGCUGCUGGAUCAAUGGAUACUCCUGUGAUACCGAAAUCCACUGAUCCUGCCAGAGUGGUUGGUAUUACCGUUGGUGCUGCCCUUGGAUGUGGUAUUUACAUGUCGCUUAUGUUUGUUCUUUUCAAGAGAUUUAAGGGUAAGAGUGUUGAAUUACCUCCAACUGAUACUGAAUCUAGUAUGGGUAUGUCUGAGACUAUGUCAAGUGCUGAAUCAUCAACUGGAUUUUCUGCUAUUUUUGCAAGAAUUAAUAAUGGUGGAUCAUAUAAUAAUAAUAGUGGUUCGAAUAAUGAGGGUAGUCCAAUUCAUGGAAAUAUGAUUUCGGAACCGGUUAGAGCUUCGAAUUCAUUAGGUUGGUAUCAACAAUCAUAA